AUGUAUUUGACGUCAGAGGUGUUUCCCCAGCGCACUAAUCUGAGCUGUCAACAGCCCGGGCGUUUCGAGGUGAAAACCGACAACCACAAAGAUAAUUGCGACAAUACAAAUACCAAUUUAAAAACCCUGAACCGAAAAGAUAAUUGCAACAACCGAGAGGAUGGUGAUACGAAUAUAUAUCACCGCGAAGAUAAUAGUAGCAACAGGGAGGCAACAAAGUCGAGAAGUUCUGAAUAUGCUCACAACAAUUACGGAACGAUACACUGCAAUAAUGGAAACGACAAUAGGACGGGGAGUUUUAACAAUCACUUACAAAAAAUGGCACUUCACCAAUCUGAAUUAAUUGCUAAUUACAGUUCAAUUUUCCCGGCGCGGUUAUUAACACGCCAAUAGACGCAACGGGGUUCUUCCGGGCCUUUUUCAACGCACCAAUGUCAGUGACGCCAGCCAUUCCGAACAACGCAAUCAUGGAUCGGCAAGAAGCAUCCACUCAGCCGGCUAUCCAAUAUUACAAUCGUUAA